AUGCCGUCUGCCACGUGUGCAACAGGUGCGGCAAUGUCUCUCUUGUCGCUAUCAGCGCGGCAUUGCGCGUCCGUGGCAGCCGCUCCGGCCGUCCGUUGCGGCGCGGUCGCCCCCCCAUGCUGCCCGUCGUCGGCGCGCGCGGUCCACCUUUCGCGCGUCGACGCGCGCACGGCCGCCGCGCCGUCCAGCUCGUCGAGGGCCGUGGCGAGGGCGCAGCGCCCCAAUAUGGGGAGAGCUCGCGCGCACGCGGUGUCGGUGGCGGAGGGGCAGACGGCGGAAGGCUCGGCGCGUGGUGAGGGGGAGUUUGAGGCGGUGAUUGGCAUCGAAACGCACGUGCAGCUGAACACGGCGACCAAGGCGUUCUGCAGGUGCGCGGCGCAGUACGGCGCGGCGCCCAACGAGCACGUGUGCCCCACGUGCAUGGGGCAGCCCGGCGCGCUGCCCGUGCUGAACGCGCGCGUGGUGGACGCGGCGGUGCGGCUGGCGCUGGCGCUGCAGUGCCGCGUGGCGCUCACCAGCAAGUUCGACCGCAAGCAGUACUUCUACCCCGACCUCCCCAAGGGCUACCAGAUAUCGCAGUUUGACGAGCCUCUGGCGGCGAACGGCCAUGUGGACGUGGACAUGCCCCUCGAGGCCGGCGGCAUUAUAUCGCAGUUUGACGAGCCCCUGGCAGCGCACGGCCACGUGGACGUGGACAUGCCUCUUGAGGCGGGCGGCACUUUUGACGAGCCCCUGGCGGCGCACGGCCAUGUGGAUGUGGACAUGCCCCUCGAGGCGGGUGGCGGGCGGCGGCGCUUUGGAGUCACGCGCGCCCACCUGGAGGAAGAUGCCGGGAAGUCGCUGCAUGGGGGGGAUGGCAGCCAGCCCAUGCUUGCUGUCGCUGCAUGGGGGGGAUGGCAGCCAGGUGAGAGGCUGCUUGCUGGUGGUGACACGUGGGAUGGAAUGGUGUCAGGUGAGAGGCUGCUUGCUGGUGGUGACACGUGGGAUGGAAUGGUGGAAUGGCAGCACAGCCCAUGCUUGCUGUCGCUGCAUGAGGGGGAUGGCAGUCAGGAAUGGCAGCACAGCCCAUGCUUGCUGUCGCUGCAUGAGGGGGAUGGCAGUCAGGCAUGGCAGCACAGCCCAUGCUUGCAGUCGCUGCCAGUGUGGCUUUCUCGUUCUUACCUGCUUCUCUGCUGGCCAUCUCUGCCGUGCCAUCCCUGCCGUGCCAUCUCUGCCCGUGCCUUUCCUGCCCGUGCCAUCUCUCAGGUGGAUCUGAACAGGGCGGGGGUGGCACUGGUGGAGGUGGUAUCUGAGCCCGACAUGCGCUCGGGGGCAGAGGCAGCUGAAUACGCCGCCGAGCUGCAGAGACUGGUGCGGUACGUGGGGGUGGGCAACGGCAACAUGGCGGAGGGCUCCAUGCGCUGCGAUGUGAACGUCUCUGUGCGGCCGCGUGGUCAAACCACCCUCGGCACCAAGGUGGAGAUCAAGAACAUGAACUCGUUUAAGGAGAUGCAGCGCGCCAUUGACUACGAGAUCACGCGGCAGUCACAGCUGCUCAGGGACGGCAAAGCGGAGCGUAUCGUGCAGGAGACGAGGCUGUGGGAUGAGGGCAGGCAGGAAACAGCAGCGAUGAGGUCCAAGGAAGGUCUGGCGGACUAUCGGUACUUCCCCGAUCCGGACCUGCCGGCGCUGCACCUGGAAGAGGCCUUCCUGCACCACCUGCAGGCGGCCCUGCCGGAACUGCCGGAGCAGCGGCGGCGGCGCUACGAGGCGCUGGGGCUGUCCAUGCAGGACACCCUCGUGCUCGUUGACGACAGAGAGUUCUCGGACUACUUUGAUGGAGUGCUGGCAGAGGGAGCGGACCCCAAGGCGGCGGCCAACUGGCUGAUGGGCGACGUCACCGCGCUGCUCAAGGCGCAGCGCUGCUCCGUGCCCGCCAUGGCCGCCCGCAUGCCGCCCGCCAGCCUGGCGGAGCUCAUCGCGCUCAUUCAGGACGGCACCAUCAGCGGCAAGAUUGGCAAGGAGCUGCUGCCAGUGCUCUUCUCGGAGGGUGGCAGUGCACGCAAGCUGGUGGAGGCCAAGGGGCUGCUGCAGAUCUCAGACGAGGCGACCAUAGAGCGGAUGGUGGACGAGGUGCUGACGGCCAACCCCAAGCAGCUCGAGCAGUUCCGCGCCGGCAAGACCAAACUGCAGGGCUUCUUCACCGGGCAGGUAAUGAAAGCAUCGGGGGGUAGAGUGAACCCGGCGCUCAUGAACAAGAUUUUAAUGAGGAAGCUUCACGCAUUAUCGUGA